GCAAAGGGGGAAGCCAAGUGUCCGCCUCUUUCAAGGAUUAAGCUAAGCCACCAUGGUAAACUAUCUGUCCUGUUUCUUUUCCUUUGCAGUCGCCCUUUGCGUCCUGCUGCCAGAAGGCCAGGCUGCAGCAGAAUCUCAUCUCUUGGAAAACAACAGUCGGCACCAGAGGACCAAGAGAUGUUCUUGCACCAGCUGGAUGGACAAGGAGUGCAUUUAUUUCUGCCAUCUUGGUAUCAUCUGGAUCAACACACCAAGCCACUUGGUACCCUAUGGGCUAGGAAGUCUUCCAGCACGACAUAAGAGGUCCCUCCGCAGAUGCGCAUGCUCACAUUUCAAGGAUACCUCCUGUGCAACUUUCUGUCAUGGCAAUCCUCAAAAUCCCCCAAAAAUGCAGCUGCCUAAGGACACAGGAAUAUUGGCAAAGCUUCGUCAGAUCAGAAAUCCCAAGCUUGACAAGUUAAACUUUGGAAAGUUUUCAGGUUCUUAUGCUUUCCGGAAUUGAAUUUACCAGAAGGCUUUCUCCAAGAUCUCAAGGUCUUCCAUGGGAAAAGAGUUUCCUGAAGAUAAAGGGAUCAGCAGGAAAUUUAAGGAUGCUCCUUGUCAUUGUCAAUGGAGUCCUCCAUUUCCAAAGAUGCUCCUCUAUUAAGGAGUCAAAGGAGAGGACACGUAACAUUGAUGGAGAAGAAAGAAAAGUCUACCAAAAGAUGGGACUGGGAUGAACAAGGAGCAUCAUUGCCAAUGGAACACUUCCCCUGAUACUCCAAAGACGAUACCGAAGAGGGGAAAAGAUCUCGCCAUUUUUCUCCUGCUCCUCGCUAUUGCUCCUCCUCCUCCUCCUGCGCGUCUUUGUUGGGUGAAGUUUAUCCAUGGGGUUCCCAGAAAAUGUCCUGGUGGAUAGCUGGCAAUUUAUACAUCCAGAAGGAUUUUUGGGGAAACGCAAUAUGUACAGCCCUGAAUGUAACAAUGCAAAGUCCUUCCCACCCACUUCUCUGGAACUUGCUUGUGCUGUUUUAGCGUUUGAUUUUAGAGGUCAUUUGCUUGUGGGGGAAUCAAACAGCUUCUCCCCCCCCAAUUCUGUCCUGUCUGAAUUCCUCUUUAUUUUUCUGUCAAUACAGGUAAUCCUCAACUUGCAACCCCAAUUGAGCCCAAAAUUUAUGUUGCUAAAUGAGAAAUUCAUUAAGUGUCCCAUUUUACGAUUUUUCUUGCCACAUUUGUUAAGCGGUUGUUAAAUGAGUAACAUGGUUGUUAAGUGAAUCUGAUUUCCCCCAUUGACUUUGCUGGCCAGAAGUUUGCAAAAGGGGAUCACAUGACCCAGGGACAUUGCAACCGUCAUAAAUGUGAGUCAGUUGUCAAACAUCCGAAUGCAAAUCAUGUGACCGUGGGGAAUGCUUCAAUGGAGCCUUGGUAGUACAGUGGUUUAAAGCACCCUGUUAUUAAGACCAGCUGCCUGCAAUUACUGCAGGUUCGAAUCUUGCCAGGCUCAAGGUUGACUCAGCCUUCCAUCCUUUCUAAGGUAGGUAAAUUGAGGACCCAGUUGUGGGGGCAAUAAGCUGACUUUGUAUAAAUAUACAAAAAGUAUGAAGGCUAUUGCUUAGCACAUUGUAAGCCGCCCUGAGUCUCCGGAGAAGGGCGGCAUAUAAAUCAAAAAAUUAAAAAUUAAAAUUAAAACGGUCAUAAAUGUGAAAAAUGGCCAUGAGUCACUUUUUUCAGUGCCGUAAGCUCAAACGGUCACUGUUAUUAGUUGAGGACUACCGGUACAUAUCUGGGAAUGAGACAGAUGCAAUCUUUUGGGUACCCUUUUCUCCCAAGGCCAUUAAAAUAAAAGGGAAGGGGGAAGUUAAGUUGAAUAGUCCCGAUUUAAAAUAUCAUAAGGAAUCAAGACUAGUUCAACCAGGUUAAUUGCCAAAACUCCACUUAAGAAUCUGGGCAUCAUCCCCAUACUUUUGUAUUAUAACAAAAGUUCAUCAAAGAUUGUUCACACGUUCUACGGAGACUUUUUUUAAAAAACUUCAUUCAGGAAAUAAGCAUUUCAGAGGUGGGUUUCAGCAGGUUCUGACCAGUUCUGGAGAACCAGUAGCGGAAAUUUUGAGUAGUUCGAGGAACUGGUAAAUACCACCUCUGACUGGUCCCGCCCCCAACUAUUCUCUGCCUCCCAAGUCCCAGCUGAUUGGGAGGAAAUAGGGAUUUUGCAGUAACUUUCCCCUGGAGUGAGGUGGGAAUGGAGAUUUUACAGUAUCCUUCCCCUGCCAUGCCCACCAAGCCAUGGCACACUCACCAAGCCACACCCACAGAACUGGUAGUAAAAAUUUUUGAAACCCACCACUGAAGCAUUUCAUCUCAUUUUCAUUCAAGGGAAUUCCUUCCUUGUCUAAAACACAGGACACUUUAACUCUUUUCCUUAUGAAAUGUAGCUUCGGUUAUAAACCAUAAUGUCCAAAGAAACACCUGGUGGGAUAUACAAUCUGGCCAAGAAGCUCUUAUCCCAGCUUGUUUCCAUGGUGAUUGUGGUUUAAAGUUCUCUCUGUACAGCUCCUUAAAAACAUUACUUCAAAUGUUUGUCUUAUAUAUGGCUGCUUAAAGCACAAUGUAUAUUUUUUCUAAACUCCAAGCGGGUCUGUUUUACUUUUGCACUUGGGCAGAUUUUGUUCAGUCUCAAAAAAAGAAAAAAAAAUCUGCUUCCUUGCACAAAAAUGAGUAAAAGGGCCUCAUUUUGUACGGUCCUAGAUUUAUGCAACCAAAGAUGUUAUGGAAAAGGGAACUUUACAUGCCAUCUUCUUCUGUUCAUAUUUGCGUGCAACUUCUUUAUGUAGCAUUCCAGUGCUUGACUAGACAUGUAGAUAGAUGUAGAUAUAUUUAUUUUUUCAAACUUUUUUUUUAUUAUAAAAUACAAGCUUUUAUUUGUAAAAAAAAAUAAAUAAAUAAAAAAUAUCCCA